CUUUCACAGUUUAUUGCAUCCAGACUUUUAGUUUCAUGAAAUCAACAAAUGAACAUGUGUGGUCUAAUGUGAAAAUAGUCCAAGCAAACAUGGAAGCAUGAGUUCAAAGCUCAGUCAAUUAUUAGUAGUACACAAAUUACAUUUACUGUUGGCAGCAGGCAGGCAAAAUGCAUUGGGGAAUUUUGCAAACUCAGUACAUGAGUUCAUGCAUUUUGUAGUUAAAUGGCAGUUGUUGCUCAAAAAUUGUGUUUGUUGGUGUGUUCCUUAUUGUACCCGAACAUGCAGUCAGUGAUAAUGUUAUAUUGUGUAAAAUUGUUCAUGAAUAACACUGGGUUUUGAUCUGUUAAAUUCUUCACAAAUGCUUGGUGCUAAUAUAAGUCUGGAAACCAAUGCUCACUUAAGAAAUCCUUAAAGUAACUGCCAUGUUUCCAAUGAUGAUAUUGCAUGAAUAACACAUUUAAGGGGUUGCUACUUCUCUAAUGUAUUUCCUCUGUAGCGCUGAUGGUGACUUCGCGGUGACCCACCUGACCAAGGCCCACCUGUUCUACGACGGACGCAUCAAGUGGAUGCCGCCUGCCAUCUACAAGUCCUCCUGCAGCAUUGACGUCACCUUCUUCCCCUUCGACCAGCAGAACUGCAAGAUGAAGUUUGGCUCGUGGACUUACGACCGUGCCAAGAUCGACUUGAUCAGCAUAGCCAGUGAUGUGGACCAGAUGGACUACUGGGAGAGCGGCGAGUGGGUGAUCAUCAACGCUGUGGGCAAGUACAACACCAAGAAGUACGAGUGCUGCACCGAGAUCUACCCCGACAUCACCUAUUACUUCAUCAUCCGCAGGCUGCCGCUCUUCUACACCAUCAACCUGAUUAUACCAUGUCUGUUGAUCUCCUGUCUGACUGUCUUGGUCUUCUAUCUGCCCUCCCAGUGUGGCGAGAAGAUCACCCUGUGUAUCUCUGUGUUGCUGUCUCUCACCGUCUUCCUCUUGCUCAUUACCGAGAUCAUCCCGUCCACCUCUCUGGUCAUCCCGCUCAUCGGCGAGUACCUCCUCUUCACAAUGAUCUUUGUCACCCUAUCUAUCAUCAUCACCGUCUUUGUGCUCAACGUCCACCACCGCUCGCCGCGCACCCACGGCAUGCCGCACUGGGUGCGCCGGGUCUUCCUGGACCUGGUGCCUCGUGUGCUUUUCAUGAAGCGGCCACCGGCCACCGCCAAGCAGAACUGCCGGAAGCUGAUUGAGAUGAUGCACCGGACCAGCUCCUCGACAGCAGCCAGUCAGUCGCAGUCUUUCUGGGCCGGGGUGGAAACGGGGCUAGGACAGCUUGGACAGCUGGGACACACAAUGCCUGCCACCCCCUCUGACAGCUCCAACAUCCUGGCCCUUUCCCCUUCACAAUCUCCCUCUCCUACCCAGGGUCUGCCCUUGGAGGAGCACCCCAUCAAGGCCCCCCAGCUCUUCUGCCGCUCCCCCUCCAGCCAGUACUCCAUCCUCCUUGAGGAGCCUGGCAAGCUCGGGAACACCGCCUCCCCUUUGUCCUGCUCAACCCACUCCUCCACUCCAUGCUCUUCCCCCCCGUCUCUGCCGCUGGGUCCCCUGGGUCCAGUCCACUCUCUUCCCCGGGACGAGCCACAAAUACUGUCCCCCAACGGGCGGAGCCACAGUGUAGAGCACAUAUUUGACCACCAGAGGGAGUCUAACUGGGAGCCCCCCCAAAGGGUCGGGCACCGCUGCCGCUCCCACAGCUUCCAGUACUGCUGCCUGCAUGAGGAAGGGGGUGGGGUUGCUGGUGGUGGCAAGGGCCGAGAGGCUGUAGGUGAAGGAAGGCUAAAGAGGCAGGUCCUGCUAGACCAACUAGCUAGAGCCUCCUCCACAGAGCCCACUGUUGACCUAGUGAUCCGGGAAACCAUGGUCCACAGAAUAUCCCCGUCGAUGAGAAGGGCCAUAGAGGGUGUGCAGUACAUCGCUGACCACCUCAGGGCAGAGGACGCCGACUUCUCAGUAAAGGAGGACUGGAAGUAUGUGGCCAUGGUCAUUGACAGGAUAUUUCUGUGGAUGUUUGUACUAGUGUGUAUACUGGGAACACUGGGACUAUUCCUUCCUCCUUGGCUGGCUGGAAUGAUCUAGAAACCUAUAUUCCAGACACAGUGAAACCGUGUGGAAGUCCGAUUCCGAGAGUGAUUAAAGACAAGCGUCACAGAGUUACAAUGCAAAGUUACCUGUGAGUCUCUCUAGGCCAAUAUAUUUCUAGGUUUUCUAAUAGUGGUUGAUUUAUGGUAUUUUAUGCCUUUUUGUUGAUUUUUAGAUUGAACGUGUAAGCCACUGUCUUUGUGGUUGCCAUUGCGCACAGGUUAUCAUGAGGUUAUUCACUAAGACAUGGAGGGGGUGUGUCUUUCAUUGACUCCACAGAGCAUAUGAAUUCUUUAUGAGGCCAAAAGGCUGACAGUGAAAACAUCCUUCAAAAUUCCAUUUUGACAUUGAGCUGCGUAGCCCAAGUCCUCACCAAUGUAUUACGAAUUACUGCGCACACACACACACACACACACACACCUACCUACCUCAGAGGUGACAUGGAAGGUUUCUGAUUCAUUAGCUUGAAAUGCUGAGACUUAAAUUAAUCUGUUUCAAUUAAAUGGAGGGUAAUGUAAAAAAAAACAGGAAUUUGUGGUUCAUCAGGAAAAAUCACACCCUAUCAGUUUGUUUAUCUGAUAUUUAGUUUUGCCUGAUGACAUAAAUUAUAUAUACAAAAGUAUGUGGACACCCUUUCAAAUUAGUAGAUUCAGCUACUCCAGUU